GUCUUGUCAUACAGGACUCACAAACUCCGUUUAAAAACCAUGGAAAUGCCGUAAACAAAAGGGAAAAACCAUUAAAAAUGGCUAACUUCAGUGGUAGUUACAGUACUUGUGGUUUCAUUUGUUAUGGCCUUGUACUUCCCCUUCUUCUGUUAUCACUGUUCUUCCUUCAAUUAGCACGGUGUGGCUCCAAAGUUCCUUCCUGGAUUCGAUGGACCCCUUCCUUUUGUCCUUGAAACCGGUGGCUGAUUGAUCAUCCAACUUUUUUGUCAAACGAAGUUUACAUCGGUGGCGAUUCGUACUCUGGCAUUCCUAUUCCAGUCAUUGUUCAAGAAAUUUCACAAGCAAAUGAAAAAGGGGUACAACCAUGGAUAAAUCUCCAGGGAUACCUGUUAGGGAAUGCUGCUACUACUGGAAGCGACUUUAAUGAUCGAUGGAAUGGGACUUAUUUUCGAUGAAUUAUAUGAGUCAUUACAAAAAAAUUGUAGAGGAGAGUACAUAAAAGUACACGUCAAAAAUGUAUUAUGCUCUAGAGAUAUCGAGUCAUUCAACGAGGUACGCUUAUUUGAUCUUUACUUGCAAGAUUUUCAUUUGUAGAAUCUCUAAUAACAAAAAAUCACAAUGUCAAUAAUUGUUUCAUUGUUAUAGGCUUUAUCAGGAAUUAAGAGAUCCUGUAUUUUGGACCCAUCAUGUGAGUGGCUUGAUAGUGAAACAUCUUGGAGGAGAUCACUAAUUAAGAAAUAUCCCACCACGAAUUUCCUAAACACUCGUCUCAAAUUGCCAUCCUUAAACUGUCGAAGUUAUGUAUACUUCCUCUGCGGUUUCUGGGCCAAUGAUGAUAAUGUUCGCACUGCAUUACAUAUCCGUCAGGGAAGCAUAGGAAAAUGGCGUCGUUGUACGUUCGAUAUACCUCACAAGAGAGAUAUCCCAAGCAGUUUUGAGUAUCACGUCAAUCUGAGUAGAAUGGGCUAUCGUUCGCUCAUAUACAGGUCGAUAUUCUUUCUCCAUAUAUUGAAUAAGGUUUGAGUAGUUUGAAUUUCACAUACCAGAUAACUUUUCUAUAUUGCUGACAGUGGCGAUCAUGACUUUUUGAUUGCUUUCUUGGCAACUCAAGCAUGGGUCAAAUCUUUAAACUACUCCAUUUUAGAUGAUUGGAGGCAAUGGCAUACAAAUGGCCAAGUUGCAAAACUACUUAUUCGGGAUAGCAGGUGGGAAACUUAUAGAGCGAAUUCGUUCAAUGGCAUUUAAUAAGGUUGUGCACCAAGAAAUCAGUUGGUUCGAUCAUCCUUCAAAUUCAUGGUAUGUCGAGUGGUGCAGUUAGUGCAAGGCUAGCUACUGAUGCUUCAACAGCGAGAAGUCUCGUCGGUGACAACUUAUCCCUCAUUGUGCAAAACAUAGCAAGAAUCACAACUGGUUUAGCUAUAGCAUUCACUGCUAAUUGGAUUCUGGCUUUUGUUAUUCUGGCUGUGUCACCCUUGUUGCUUCUACAAGGAUACCUUCAGACCAAGUUCGUAGAACGAUUCAGUGCAGAUGCAAAGGUGAAUUAUGAAGAGGCAAGUCAGGUGGCAAAUGAUGCUAUUGGUAGCAUUAGAACUGUUGCAUCAUUCUGUGCUGAGCCAAAGGUGGUGGAUAUGUACAAUAAGAAAUGUUCAGGGCCAGAAAAACAAGGUGUUCGUUUGGGGCUUUAUAGUGGUGUAGGACUAGGCUUCUCUUUUCUUGCUCUAUACUGCACAAAUGCUUUCUGUUUCUAUGUAGGAUCGCUUCUUGUGCAAGACGGUAAAGCAACCUUUGAAGAAGUUUUCAAGGUUUUCUUUGCCUUAACAGUUACAGCAGUUGGUGUUUCCCAGAGUAGUGCCUUGGCUCCAGAUACUAACAAAGCCAAAGAUUCUGCAACUUCAAUAAUCAAAAUUCUUGAGACCAAAUCAGCGAUUGACUCCAGCAGUGAUGAGGGCAAAACACUAGACCUCAUAAAAGGUGAUAUUGAACUACAACAAGUCAGCUUUUGUUACCCAACAAGGCCUGACAUUCAAAUCUUCAAGGAUUUGUGUCUAAGCAUGCCAGCUGCAAAGACCGUUGCCUUGGUUGGGGAAAGUGGGAGUGGAAAAUCAACAGUGAUCAGCCUCAUAGAGAGAUUUUACAACCCUGAUUCUGGACGUGUACUACUUGAUGGAGUGGAUAUAAAAAACUUGAGACUGAGUUGGUUGAGGCAACAAAUGGGUUUGCUUGGUGAAGAGCCUAUUCUUUUCAAUGAAAGUAUUCGUGCCAACAUAGCUUAUAGUAAAGAGGGAGGUGCGACAGAGGAAGAGAUAGUUGCAGCAGCAGAAGCAGCAAAUGCACACAAGUUCAUAUGCUCUCUUCCACAUAGUUAUGACACCCCUGUGGGAGGACGAGGGACACAACUGUCAAGAGGACAAAAACAGCGCAUAGCCAUUGCAAGAGCCAUUCUGAAAGACCCCAAAAUCCUUUUGCUGGAUGGGGCAACCAGUGCACUUGAUGCAGAAUCUGAGUGUGUGGUUCAAGAGGCUCUUGAUAAAGUCAGUGUUAAUAGAACUACCGUUGUGGUAGCUCACCGUCUUCCAACAAUUAAAGGUGCUGACAUUAUAGCAGUCGUCAAAAAUGGGGUCAUUGCUGAGAAGGGGAACCAUGAAGCGUUGAUGAAGAUCGAUGGAGUUUAUGCUUCAUUGGUAUCUCUCCAUAUUAGUCAAUCAUAGUGUGAAGAAAAAUGCCAGUGCCAUGUACAUUACACGUCACUAGAUAGCAUCAAAUUUUGCAACUCCAUCACUUCUUUUUUUCUUAAAUGACUUGAAAAUUCAUUCUAAAGUCUUGUAAACACAUCUAAAGAUCAUUCCCCAGAUUCUGGAGAGAAAUUUUCCAUAAGUAUUAUUAAAUUUUUAUUA